UCAUAGGACCCCAGUUUCAGCCUGUCCGCCCCGCCCUCAAUUCGCUCUGGUUUACAUGUUGUUCUGCGUUUGUUAUAUGGUUUCUUGUCAAUAAUACUGCAAAUUUUUGCGAAAACUGGCGGGGUAAAAUGCCUUUGUUUGAGGGACUGGGAACUGGAGGCGAAAAGACAGCUGUUGUCGUCGACUUAGGAGCAGCCUAUACAAAAUGUGGUUUUGCCGGGGAAUGUGGGCCAAGAUGCAUUAUUCCAAGUGAAAUUCAAAGGCCGGGAUCUACACAGCCAGUUAAAGUGGUCCAGUACAAUGUUAACACAGAAGAGCUGUUCUCCCUCCUCAAGGACUUCAUUCACAUGCUGUAUUUUAGACACUUACUGGUGAAUCCUCGGGAUCGAAGAGUUGUGAUCAUUGAGUCAGUUUUGUGUCCCUCACAUUUCAGAGAAACACUAACUAAAGUUUUCUUCAGAUAUUUUGAGGUUCCUUCUAUUCUUUUUGCUCCAAGUCAUCUUAUGUCUCUUCUAACUCUUGGAAUUAAUUCUGCAAUGGUGAUGGACUGCGGUUAUACAGAGACUCUUGUUCUCCCAGUUUAUGAAGGGAUCCCUAUUUUAUCAUUGUGGGAAGCUCUACCUUUGGGUGGAAAAACCAUCCACAAGGAGCUAGAGAGCAUGCUGGUUGAUCAGUGUACUGUAGACACUGACUCUACCAAUGGCCAAAGUCUGCCAUCUGUCAUGGGUUCCAUUUCAGAAAGCAUCAUUGAAGACAUUAAAGUGCGUACAUGUUUUGUUAGUGAUCUUCAGCGGGGGCAGAACAUUCAAAAGGCCAAGUUCAAUCUUGAUGGGACAGCACAGCGUCCAGAUCCACCUCCAGAUGUGGAUUAUCCACUGGACGGAGAAACCAUUCUACACAUCAAGGGAUCAAUCAGAGAUUCUGUAAUUGAGAUCCUCUUUGAACAAGACAAUGAGGAGAAAUCAAUUGCCACUUUAAUCCUGGACUCCCUUAUUAAGUGUCCAAUAGAUACACGGAAGACUUUGUCAGAAAACCUUGUAAUAAUUGGUGGCACAGCAAUGCUGCCUGGAUUUCAACAUCGUCUCCUUGCUGAAAUCCGAGCUUUGAAGGAAAAACCCAAAUAUAAACAAUCCCUAUCAAACAAAAACUUCCGCAUCCAUAGCCCACCAGCCAAACCAAACUGCACUUCCUGGCUUGGAGGGGCUAUAUUUGGCUCGUUACAGGACAUCCUUGGGAGCCGUUCGAUAUCUAGAGAUUAUUAUAAUCAGAUAGGUCGUAUUCCUGACUGGUGUUCUCUCAGCUCUCCUCCACCAGAAAGUGUCUAUGAUCCCGGCAAAACUCCACCUCCACUGAUGAAGAGAGCUUUCUCAACAGAGAAGUGACGUGACUGGAGGCAGGAAGAACUAAGCAAAGAUGCUUCAGUUUGAAUGUUGUUUGAUUGACUUUCCAGUUUGUACUUCAUUUGUUUCUGAGCAUCUCAACAGAAAAGUAAUAUAUUGUGUUAUUGAA